GACAUCACCAUUUGCUUUGUGCACUCGCUUUUCUGUUCACACUUGCUAAAUUCACAGACAACUUUGUAAUAGGGUUGCAUAUUGAAUGAGUUGUUUCUAGAAUCUAGACCUAUAUAGCGGGCUAUAUAGAUUGCGAUAGUUCCAGAACUUCAGACCAAUAGAGGACCAUACUACUGUACUACCACCUGUUGUUUACGUCCAGACACGGUCGUGGGAAGUCGUUCAAACUCGCGCCGUAUCAUUUGCGCGCGCCUCGACUCUAAUCGGCGAGCGACCCAUAUCAUCGCAUCCAACCGUUCAACGUGUUAGCGCUACGCCGCUCCCCAAUAUUUACCAACCUGAGCCAACUUUAGGACUUAACUGGAAUUUUAGCGGAUAUUUUGGAACUUUUCUCUUCUUUCAUGUUGCUAAAGUAGCGAAUAUGGCGACAGUUGCACACAAUGGUAAUGGCAUUGCUACGAACGGGAGUGUCUCAAGUGACGAGUCCCCCGACGGGCGAGUUUCCAACGAAUAUGACCAUGAAGCGGAAGAUAUGCCCCAGAGAGCUUCAGCCGAUCAGAUGGAUGCUGAAAGGCUCAAGAGUAUAGCCUAUCAAUAUCUCUGCCAUCUCGAGGAAGCUAAAAAAUGGAUGGAAGCAUGCAUCAGGGAAGACCUGCCUCCCACCACGGAGCUGGAAGAGGGAUUACGUAAUGGAGUAUACCUGGGAAAACUGGCACAUUUCUUCGCCCCCGACAAGGUACCCCUAAAGAGGAUCUAUGACAAGGACCAAAGUAGAUUCCAGGUGAGCAGAAAAAGGCAUUUAUAAAUAUAAAAGCAGAUAUAAUCUGUUGUGAUGGAGCACGCUGUGAUUAUUACUGUACCUUGGUUUUAGCCCAAGCUGCCUCUUUCAGUGCAUUAUGUAUCAUACUUAGAGCUGACUUAGGCCGUGUUUAUGCUUCCACUUUUCAGGCCAGAAUCAGCGUUUCCAUACGUGAUUAGUCCAAAACAUGAUCGCGUCCAUGCUUUCAUUUAAACGUCGUUUCAAAACACUGAUCGUAAACUCACAAAAAGGUGCGUUAGUAAACGUCGUUUGACCAGAAUCAGGCUUUCUGGGGUAGUAUCAACAGAACCACGAUCCUAAACGUGUUUUAUGACGUCAUUUGGUACAUGCUUCCGGUAAGCUGAAAAAUCCGCGGGCAAAUACAGUCGCAUUGCUCCAUGCAUGGUCGCAUGUUACCUCCACGGAAUUACCUCUCAUAUCCCUUGAUACAUUUGCUGUGUGAUAAUUGAUUUAAGUACUAUCACUAGUAUUACUCUUCCAAUUUGUCAUCACGAUGAAUGUUGAGGGAUUUACAAAAAAAAAAACUGGAACAUGAGUUGUAAUGAGGAGACAUCGCCAGAUGCCCUAGUAGCAUAAAAAACAUGUUUUAUUAUUUUAUUUUGUAUACUUUAAUAUUCUUUAUUUUUUUCUCACUAUUAUCCUCACCAUGGUGGAAAUUAUAUGGCUAUGUCAAGUAGCUCCAUGCAAUGACUAAACUAUCGGAAAUUGUUAGAUGUUUAAAUAACAGUCGACGUACAUGUACCUUCCCCAUAACAACACUCGGAAAAAAAAACUUUCGAGAAAGGGCACGCCCAAUUUGACCUCGCUUUCCUGCUCAACGAAAAUUACGAUGCGAAGCCAGUUGGAGUUCGUGAUUUCGCCUCUGAAAAGCAUAAAUAGCACUCCCAGAACCACGUUUACGAUCGGCCUUUUGAAACGAUGUUUGAAAUUGCUGAUUCUGUCCUCGCAAUGGAAGCAUAAACACACCCUUAGAUUUUUAUCAUGGUAAUGACAGAAUGUGUAUCAGUAUUAAAAAAUGAUUUGAAUUCAGUGGUAAAUUGAAUGCUUUUAUCAAGUAAACAAUCAAGCAUCCUACGGCUCUUGUAUCGGAGGGAACUGGUCGUGGUACAUUGUACUUGGGGAAAGAUUAGUGCCUUUUUUAAUACACACUGUACAGAUCAAAUCCUGUUCUUCACUUCUUUUAUCAUGCUGUCAUACAUGUACAUGUAUUUCCAUUCUGCUACCAAGCUGCUUUCAUUUGGUUUUAAGUUGAAAAUUGAGAGAUUCGAGUCAGAUUGAGUAGUACCUAACCUAAAAAUUAGAAUCUCCAACUGCUGCUGUGUCUUCCAAUGUGAGGGCUUGUGAUACCACUGCAAGUGGGUGUGCCUGAAAUUUAUGCCCAGAGCUCGGAGGACAAAAUGAUAAUUUAUAGUGUAUUUACAGUAGGUGGGCGAAUUUGACCAUGGAGUUGUUUUGUUUUGACUUGGUGUUUCACUUUUUUCAGUUUUUCUAUCUUUCUCUUAGACAAGCUUUUUAGAAUUGCAGGAUAACUUGCAGGUUGAAACUGGAAUGUUUUUAAAUGGAAUUUUCUUGAUCUCUCCAAGUUAUUUUCUUCCCUGCAUGCAUACUGAUGAAGUGACCUCAAAUUUGAUUUCUUCAUCAAAAACUUGCAUGGGUGCGUUACUGCGUUCAGUCUCCACGUGAACCAUACCUGUAGGCUGUUUCAAAAGCGUAUCAAUGCAUGGACUGAACGCUCCAAUAUGAAUUUACAUGUGGGCCUACGUACAGUAUAUGGCUGUAUGGUGGGAACAUUUUCCGCGUUACAGGCGGGCAUAUUACAUGUAUGUGCUCUUAUGCACUCUUGUUUUAUUGGUUAUACUGUGAAGGUGAGCUCUAUUUUGGAGUUUUGUCUGAUCACACCUCUUUCUGCAACGUGUUCCAGAGAAAAGUUGGAUUUCUAUAGGCUGGGUGUAUAGGCCUACCUGUUGAUAAUGAAUAUUUUGACUUGAGGUCAUGUAUCAUGCUGGUCAUGACAGCCAAGCCUCUUCCAAUAAACACAAAAGAUGUUUUCACACCCAUCCAAUCUAAAAAAAUAUAUAUACCUGGUAUUUUUUAUCAGGAAUUUUACCUAUAUCUAAGCUUACCUACAUGUAUAUCAGAAGGGUUAUCCUGAAUAAUGAAUAUCCCUGAAAUAGAUACCCACAGUCUAGGACUACAUGUCCAUAUAGUAAAUUGUACCUUUUAAAAUUCCUACAUGUAUGCAGUAAAAACGCUGUUCAUAUUUUUUUAUACAAAACUGUUAAUACAAGAUGAAGCUUCAGUAGUUGUUUCAAAUUUUUGAUAUUUAAUUCUCAACAAAUUAAAGCAAGGUUGUUUAAACUUUUAAACAACUACUGUAAGGUUCAUUUAGGAAAGUAGCAUUCUAUAAGAUAUUAAACAGUGUUUUUCCUGUGUUUAACUACAAGUAUCACAGGAGUUUAAAAAUUUGUAGCACAAUUGUACAUGUUUUUGCUGUGAAGCU